GUGGGAGUGAGUAUCCUUUCUCCAGCAGAGCCAGUCAGCAGUUCCCGCCUCAGCGGCGACUCCCCAAAAUAGCACGAGGAAGGGAAGCUUUCGCGGGCAUGGCGAAAGUUUCCCCCGUAACCCGACAGAUAACGAGGGAAACCUGGCAGGCUGAAAACUCACCCGGCGACAUUCGUCUCGAGGACGUUGAAGACUGUUUGGUUCGCGAUCGACAUGGGGUUCCUCUGCCGUUCAGGGAAUUAUAUCAAGACAGGAAAUCAGUCAUUAUACUCGUUCGGAAUUUCCUGUGCUACAGCUGCAAAGAAUACGUGGACGACUUGAGCAAAAUACCCAGUGAAGUACUCAAGGAUGCCGGCCUUCGACUGGUUGUCAUUGGACAGUCAGCUCAUCAUCAUAUAGAGUCAUUCUGCUCUCUGACCAACUAUCCUUAUGAAGUAUAUGUGGAUCCAGAAAGAUGCCUUUAUAAAAAACUCGGCAUGAAAAGAGAGGAGACAUUUAUAGACUCAGCCCACCCCAGUCCCCAUGUGAAGUCAGGUAUAUUGGUGGGCCAUAUGAAGAGCAUGUGGAGGGCCCUAUCCAGUCCAGCCUUUGACUUCCAGGGAGACCCACAUCAACAGGGUGGAUCUCUCAUUGUAGGACCAGGCUCCAUCGUCCAUUUUGUCCAUUUUGAUAUGAACCGCUUCGACCACAUGCCAAUUAACUGGCUGCUGCAGCUUGCUGGAGUACAACAGACUCUGGACUUCAGCAAUAAGCCAAAAAUCAUCCAUGUAUAGCCAGCUGGUAGCCUGCAUGCAUCCUGCUUCUGCUGUACCCAGCUGCUCUGUUGUGAUCAUACAAAAGGAGACUGUUCUGUUGCCAAAGAUCGGUAGUGCAGUAAGAAAAUGGCAUUGUGUGGCACACAGGAGGGAGUCUACAAUACCGUGUUCACUGGCAGCUAUGUUAUAUCCCCAAUAUUUUGUAGGGAAUGCUCUGUAUUUCUCAUCAGCAUAUAAUAGUGUCCUUGUACUGCAUCCUUUGAGGUGAGAUAAGCUUAUUUUCUCCCAGCGCUACUGGCCAUUCAUUCUUCGUAGAUGCCUUCUGUUGUUUGCAUAUCAAGAUGACUGCAAUUUAACGCCAUAAAAUGCUAUCAAAACAAAUAACAGGCGCUCAGAUUUCCAAGUGGGCGGGCCUUGUGAGUACGACGUUCCCUCUCACACACCCUCCCCCUUAAAACUCCCUCGACUCAUACGUGUAAGACCGCAUAUGCUUUAAUGUGUGCAACUUUAUGCAUGUUGUUGCGCACACUGUAAGUAAAAAAAAAUUUUUUUUAUUUAUGAUCGCUGUGUGAUUGCGUAAUAUCGCAGGUACCGGUGCAGUAAAGGAUUAUGACA